GCCCCGCUGGUUCAAGUGAGGAUAGGGACCGUCCUGAGCUGAACUCAACGUUACAAAUAGAAGCUGCGGCAUUCCAAGUGGAGCAGAGUGGAGGUGCGCCGCACCGAUGAUAAUAUUAAGUAACAGCGCUGAGUGGGUCUGCGGUGUUAAACCGGAGAGGAAGACAGAGGAAAGCGCUUCUUCCUGAACCGGACAGAGACACGUUUGGAGAGGCGGACGAGUCAUGCGCACCGGCGGUGAAAACUGAUCAGUCUCCUGAGGUGGCACUAUUGCUGCAUCCUCUCCUCCCAGAAAUCCUGAGAGUCUAGUGAACGCUCAGCACCACACAGCGGUACUCUCCGCUCUCAGCAGAGAGGAAGAAGCUCCUUCAAACCCUGACAGGUAUAAUGUUUGAGGAGGAGUCCCAGCCGAUGAGGGGGCAGCAGGAUGUGGCUGUGCUCCAGACACUGGAGUCAACUGCAGCAGUGACUCCAGGGGGAGGUGGAGCAGGGCCCCUGUCCUUCACAGAUGAAGCUGUGUCCAUCCUGACCUCCAGCAGCCUGUUGGCACGCUCCCUCCUAGGUCGCAGCUCUGCCGUCAAACGCAAAGAGAGUCCUGCUUCCAGUGUCCGACGCAAGCGUGAGUUCAUCCCCCACGACAAAAAGGAUGAUGGCUACUGGGACAAGAGGAGGAAGAACAACGAGGCAGCGAAGCGCUCACGAGAAAAGCGACGCGUCAACGAUAUGGUCCUGGAGAGUCGCGUUCUGGCUCUGCUGGAGGAGAACGCUCGCCUCAGGGCAGAGCUCCUGGCUCUCAAGUUCCGCUUUGGCCUGGUCAAAGACCCCUCCAACGCUCCCAUCUUGCCCCUCACUACAGCUUCUCAGCACAGCGCUCAGACCUUGACUCCUAACUAUUAUAUCCACGGUGGGGACGGAGGUCUCCCCAGCUCUUCAGCCUCACAUCCCAACAACCACACAGGCCAGAUGAGCACCCGGGGUUCCAGGGAUGCUGGUAACAUAUCGGAGGACUCUGGAUUCUCUACGCCAGGUGGGUCCAGCGUGGGCAGCCCAAUCUUCUUUGAAGACCGGCUGAGCGAUCAUGGCAAAUUAUCACCACACAGGGCAGAGGAGCUGAGCUAUGAUCUCCACCACUCCCCUGCAGAUGUCCACCACACCGCAGGACUCGCUGGAGGGAAGCUGGACCAAGCCGAGGCCAUGAAAAACCUGCCUCACAAGCUGCGUUUCAAGACGCCGGGAAGUAGCGACUGUGCUGAUGCUGCAGGGGACAACAGCAGCGCUAGACGCAGCCCGACACAAUCUACAGCAGGGAGAGAAGGUCAAAGAGAGGCCAUCAAAGGACUGAGCGGAGGUGAAAUGGGAGCAGGACACUGUCCUGGCCCCUGGCUCCAGCAGCUGGAGGGGGAGGAAGGCAGGAGGGGGAGACAGUCCCCUCAAUACAAUGCCUCAGCUGCCAGCUACAGCCUCCAUCCUCCUCCCACACAAGGACAAACUGAGAUCCAGUAUCAGCAUGAGAACACUUACCUGAAGUCUCAGCUCAACUCCCUCAGCGAGGAAGUGGCUCAGCUGAAGAAGCUUUUCACAGAACAGCUCAUGGCCAAAGUCAACUGAGGACCAGUGCUGUGAGUCAGUGUUUGCCAAUGUCUGGACUUUUAAGGACAAACAGAGUUUUGCUGUACAUGAGCCUUUUGAAAUUGAGCACAAGAGCAGGAGUGUUGGACCAUACCGAUAUUCACAAGGACUGAUGAAGCUCAACUUUCAAGUCUAACAAUGUGUUGUUGUUGUUUUUUCAUUUAUUGUAUUAUACUGUAAUAAAUAUCUAUAAACAUUCAUCUCAUAACCUGCUGUCUAACAACUACUUAAUCUCAGCUCCAAUCAGUGUCGCUCAGACAGUGAGUCUUAUCUGUAAUAGUGUAGAAUAGUUUUUCAAUUCUAUACACUGUGACAACUAAAAACACACAACAUAUAACUGUUUACAGUUUACUUCACAUCAUUACAGUGCAAGCUUAACUAAAACAGCCUCACUCCAUUGAGAGACAUCAGGUUCUGGUGGUUCGGGCGUGAUAUUAAACACAACUGGAAACGAGCCAGCAGGUUGUUAACGCACCAUGACGGCAGGAAGUGUUUGCAGUUUUGUAAUUAGAGUGGUAUGACUUACUGCAGAGGGUUCCCACCGCUGAGACAGGUCUGCUAAAACCCUGUAAACACAAGCAGAGACAGACAGUAAAUACACACAGGAGGGAAAUGAACAGCUGUCAAAACCUCCAUUAGUCAUGAGGGCUAAAAGAAAGGUGUGUUAGGCUUGUUUAUCGUAGCCUGUUAUGUGUGACACUGCAUCAUGUCAUGUCAAAGGAGUGUUAGGUUUUCAUUUCAGGAGCUCCUUUUAAGAAACCCACUGUAACGUGUACUGUUUUGGUGUUUCACAUCCCGUGUUAGUCUCUGUUCAUGCCCAGUUUGAAUAUAUUUUAUUACUGUUAUCUGUACUGAGGUGAUGACAACAAUUAAACGUCUGCUGUCUCUCUGUACGUUUUCAUAUUAAAAAUAAAUAAAUUUGACACUCA